UUCCAGCAGUUGAAAGAACAUAUGGACUCAGACUCAGCUGUUAAGUGGCUUAUGCUUAACGCGCCUUUUUUUGUUGGACACAAACACGACUAUUUAGAUGCAAUGGAGGACACCGAAAACUUGGUAAACGUUGUCACCGCAAUGGGCUAUACCGAACAGCAAGCUCGUUUCUCUUUGGCCAAAACCAAGAACAAUGUAGAGCAAGCCAUUCAGUUAUUAGUCGAAGACAACAAAGAUACCAAUAAGCAGCGUCGUCAGCGUCGACGCUAUAAAGUCUUGCGUCACAACCUAAUGGGCAAUCCAGAGGUCACCAACUAUGCCAUAGCCAAAUUGGUUCAGGAUCAGUUGAACCAUAACAAGGGCGAGGAGAUACGGGAAUUGAUCAACAGUCGUAGUGUGGAAUUCAUGGAAAGUUUGCUGGACUCAUCAUCAUCAUCGGCUGACGAAGCUGAACAAGGGUCGUCACAAGAGGAGUCACAGGAGGAAUCCCUGUCGUCAUCGCCAUCAUCAGCAUCAUCUUCGCCACCGCCCAGUAACUAGGUUCAAUUUUAAGUACUCUGCUCUUCAUAUACCAACAUUAAUAAAUAGACAUUAAAUGUG